UGAAAAUACUCAAAAUAAAAUUAAAAACAAAUAAUAACAAAUUUCAUUCAUUUUGUAUGAAAUGGAGGUGAGUCUUAAAGUGGCCGAUAAAGCCGUUUCAACUGAUGAUGAUCAUUUUAUUAUUGAUAAUAUUGAUAACGGUGAUAAUAAUCAACAGCACCUCCAUAAUGGUACCACAAUCAAUGAUAGUGGCAAUAAUGAGCACAUCAAUGGUGCCGCAGAAGAUGAAGAAAAUGAUGGAAACACGGAUCAACAUACCAUUGAAUAUUUCCAAGUGGCCCGAUUAGAAGCUGUAUUGGCACAAUUAUUGGAAAAUAAAUUUUCCGCGAUAAAAUCAAUAACAGCGGCAAGUAAAAAAAAGAAAUUAAAACAUCAUUUAAUAUUGAGUCCAUCAAAACGUGUUACACAUAAAUUACAACGGAUUCUAUCGUCAUCGACAUCACAAGAUGGACACAGUUCGGGUCAGCAUACAAAUUAUGAUAGUGAUCAACCAUGUUUUGGUGGUCCAGCCACAACACAAACGGCAUCCGGAGGUGGUGGAGGACAUCAUCGACAUGGACAUUCUAAUCAAAAAUAUUUUAAUCAAUCGAAUAGUUUAACAAUACGUAAUAGCAGUAAUUAUCGUAAACAAUAUAAACGUAAAAAAUACAUUGAUAGUGAUAAUGAAUUUGAAUUAUCACCGAAACAUCAUCAUAAACGACGUAGACGUGGACGUAGUCAUCAUCGCGUUUCAAGUAAAUCACCAGACUUAGAUAGACGACAUCAUAGUAACGGUAGUCAUUCAUCACCUAGUGCUGAACGGCGACGACAUCAUCAUGAUGGUCUCACUGCACAAGCGAGUCCACAUCAUCGACAACAUCAUCAUCAACAUUACCAUGAGCAUUGGGAUCAUCAUCAUUUACAUAGUCAUUGGAAUGAUCAUCAUAUCGCUACAGGAACACCAGGUGCAACAGCAACGGCAACAGCUGCAAAUUUCCAUCCUCCAAUUAUAAUGGAUGGCAUUCAUCAUUAUAUGGAUGACGAUGAUAAUACAUCAUUGGUUAUUGAUAAUAUCAAUCAUUUGAUGUUACCUGGUGGUGUAGGAGGAGAACAAUCGAAUGAUAUGAAUGAUGAAGACCAGGAUAUGAUGUGUGAUUGUUGUAAUACAUUACAUGAGGAUCAUCGAACAGGACAAUUAAAAAUUCAUUACGACGAAGAUUACAUCUCUGUCAAUAUGGACGAUAUGGGCUACAACAAUGAUGAUGAUCCAGUGAUUGGCGGGGGCGCAAUUGUUCCACAAGAGACAUUCGAUGACGAUGAUGAUUGUGAUGAUAUGAUUGUAGAUCAUUUAGAUCAUCAUCAUCAUCGACAUCAUCAUUCAGCUGGUGAAAUGGACAUGCAUGCUAUUAGUGGUAAACAUCGUUCACGUAGAAAAAAACGUAGAAGAAAACAUCAUCAUCAUCGGCACCAUCAUCACCAUCAUCAUCAUCAUCAUCAUCAUCAUCGACAUCAUCAUCGGUAUAAUCGUCGUCGUAUGUUAGGUGAUCAAUCGUUAAUUGGUGACGAUGAAGAGAAUGUAAAAUCAAUUGAUCCAGAUGAUUUGCCACAACGUGCACGAUGGACUAUUGUUGCAACCGCAUGUUUAUUGUUAAUGAUGUGUUUAUUAUUAGUGGGUGUUACAUUACGUAUGGCUCCAAUUAUUGAUGAAAUGGUGCGAAAAGAAAAUGAGGAAUUGAUGCAUUCAUUAAGCUAUAAUCACGCACAUAAUAGAUCUAAAUUGUUAACGACACUUGCUCCGCCAGAAGUGAUCCCUGAAUAAGUUUCAUAUGCGUUUUUAUUAAUUAGUGUUUAAUAAGAAACUACCUACAAUGUUUUAUGAAUUAAUUAUAAUUUUUUAACAAAUCCAAGUAUUUAACGUCCCACGUGCAAAUUUAGACAACAAUCAAACUUUAUACACCUAAUGCUGCCUGCUUAAAUAGAAGAAAUCAAGAAUAUUAGAAAUGUCUACACCAUAAACCAGA